GGCUCAGUACAUGAACAUGGCCAGCAAUAGCAAAUCUUUUAUUGCUUCUGCAAGGCUAAAGGGUGCUGUUGAACAGGCGGGUAGGCAACAAAUCUUAUAGGCCUUUAGUUCUUCAGUUCAGCACCAAAGGCUUAAAAGGUAUAUACUUUGAUAUGAAGCAAUUGCGUCGGAUUCACUGAGAAUGAACGUAAUGAUGCAUACAAGUUCUUAAAUCAGAUAUGACUUUGAGCUGAGUUCCCGAACCCCAAUUAGGUCCUGCAAUGCAAUUGGUAGCAGUGAAUGGUUUCAUGCGCUCGAAUUCACAAGUAAAAACAGCUAACCUAUGAAUCGAAGUGCUUGGUGGAGUUUAAUAGCCUCUUCUGUUUCUUGCUUUCCAGUUCAUGCAUUGCAGAAUGUGGAAUGGCCAGAGCAGUUCCCCUUCAAGGACGAGGAUUUCCAACGCUUCGAUGAAACACCAGAUUCAUUGUUCUAUGAAGCUCCACGCUUUGUUACACAUAUUGAUGAUGCAGCCAUUGCCGCACUUACUAAAUACUACUCAGAGGUUUUCCCUCCCAGCAAUACUCCUGGAGUGAGCAUCUUGGAUAUGUGCAGUAGUUGGGUCAGUCAUUUUCCAAAAGGAUACAAGCAAGAACGGGUGGUUGGAAUGGGUAUGAAUGAGGAAGAGCUUAAGCGGAACCCUGUUCUAACAGAAUAUGUUGUGCAAGACUUAAAUUUGAAACCUAAGCUUCCCUUUGAAGAUAAUUCCUUUGAUGUCAUUACCAAUGUGGUCAGUGUUGAUUAUCUAACAAAGCCUCUUGAUGUUUUCAAAGAGAUGUGCCGGAUUCUUAAGCCUGGUGGAUUGGCUAUAAUGAGUUUUUCAAAUCGCUGCUUUUGGACAAAAGCAAUCUCUAUAUGGACAUCCACUGGUGACACCGAUCAUGCUUUGAUUGUUGGGUCAUAUUUCCAUUAUGCUGGCGGAUUUGAACCUCCUCAGGCUGUUGAUAUAUCUCCUAAUCCAGGACGCUCAGAUCCUAUGUACAUUGUUUUCUCUAGGAAGCUUUCUACUGCUUAAGAAGCUAUCACUAUCAGUCUGAAGAUUAUGAGGAUUUUCUUCCUAUCAAUGAGUUUUCUUUUUUGCACAAAUCCAAGAACCUUAUAGUCGUGAAGGAGUUGAUAAUUUGAAAUUGUAUUCUCGUUUUCAUUAAUUACAGUGUAAUAAGCACCCUUCCUCACUGUCCAUGCAUUUUCUAGAUAUAAGAACCAUAACAUUGGAAUACAUACAAUAGACACAUUGAACCAAA